AAACAAAACAAAGGACAACCACGUGACGUGAUCCCGGGAUGUCACGUGAUCGACUCCGGCGCUGGUCAUGUGUCUCACCCGAGCGGAACCACACUCUUUGAGUCAGUCGGCCUGCAGCAGUGGAGCAGCUUGUCCCAAACAGCCCGACACUGAACAUGAGGCUGCUGCUGAGGGAGAGUGUGGGUGUCCUGUUUCUGUGGCUCUGUCUGGACUCCGCGCACUCCCGGGGCUGCUCGGCAUUCUUCUGCCGGAAAUCUCACCGCGUCAGCGGCCUGCGCGGCGCGGACCCCGGCUCGCCCCUCUUCCUCACCCCGUACCUGGAGAAGGGGGCCAUCGAUGAAGCCAGGAAACUGAGUGAGGUGGGAGAUCUGCCCGGUGCCAACGUCAAAAGCCACGCUGGUUACCUCACCGUCAACAAGCAAUACAACAGCAACCUCUACUUUUGGUUCUUCCCUGCUCUUAUGCCAAGUCAAGAAAAAGCCCCUGUCCUGCUCUGGCUGCAAGGCGGACCCGGUGGCACCUCCAUGUUCGGCCUUUUUGUGGAGCACGGACCAUACGUGGUUUACAAGAACCUGACGGUUGGUUUGAGGGACUACGCCUGGUCGGCCAGAUAUUCAGUCCUGUACAUUGACAAUCCAGUUGGAACUGGUUUCAGCUUCACUGAUGACGACAAAGGUUUUGCUCAGAAUCAGGAUGACGUCGGCAGAGAUCUGUACAGCGCUCUGACACAGUUCUUCCAGAUCUUUCCAGAGUAUCAGUCCAAUGAGUUCUAUGCAACUGGAGAGUCAUAUGCAGGGAAAUACGUUCCUGCCAUUUCUUACUACAUCCAUAAAAACAACCCCACUGCCAAGGUGAAAAUCAACUUUAAGGGGAUGGCGAUAGGUGACGGGCUCUGCGAUCCAGAGAUGAUGCUCGGUGGUUAUGGUGAGUUCUUGUACCAAACGGGCAUGAUCGAUGAACAACAGAAGCAGUAUGUUGUCCAGCAGACUGACAUUGGGGUGGAGCUCAUCCAGCAGCAGAAGUGGGUGGAGGCCUUUCAGCUCUUCGAUCGCUUGCUGAACGGGGACGUGGACCCAUAUCCCUCCUUCUUCCAAAAUGCUACAGGCUGCACUAACUACUACAACUACAUGACAUGUCAGGAGCCCGAAGACCAGGAGUACUUCUCCCAGUUUGUGACGCUGCCAGCGGUGCGACGUGCCAUCCACGUGGGGAACCUGACGUUCCACGACGGCUCGGAGGUGGAGAAACACCUGCUGCAGGACGUCAUGAAGAGCGUCAAACCGUGGCUGGGGGUGCUGAUGGACAACUACAGGGUCUUGAUCUACAGCGGUCAGCUGGACGUCAUUGUAGCUGCUCCGAUAACCGAGAGGUUCCUGCCCACAGUUAACUGGACCGGGGCUGCCGAGUACAAAACAGCCCCGCGCUACCACUGGAAGGUCCAGCCCUCUGACACGGAGGUGGCAGGUUAUGUAAGACAAGUGCGUGAGUUUUACCAGGUCAUCAUCCGAGGAGGGGGACACAUUCUGCCUUACGACCAACCAGCGAGGUCCUUUGACAUGAUUGACAGAUUCCUUUCGACACGGGGAUGGAUUUAAAACAUUGCAUUGUUGAUCAAAGCACCUCCACCUUCAAGAGCACAUUCUAGGUCGGUGACUGUUGAUUCGAAAGACUGUUGAUAGUCAAAUUCAAUGUAAAUCAGCACGUUUGCAGAUUAUCUACGAAUUGUUGCGGUUGAUUUAAUUUUGCAUUUUGCAUUGCAUCAGAGGACUGCCCUGUAAUGCACGGCUAACUAAAUAAGUCAUCUGAAUCGCUGCUCACAUUUCAGAAUUUGAAUCAAAUACUGAAAAUUUGAUGAAAACUAAGAUGGCAGCUCAGUCAGACUAUCAGGCCUGAAUCCUAUAGAAAUCAUUUUAUGUUUAUUGGGAUUGUUUUGGGGAAAAUGUUGCUAUCAGUCGGUGCAGGCUUGAAGAUGAAAUGUCAAGAAAAAUUUACUUGAAAUAAAGUGUUUUUUUUUCGA